AGUAUCCCCGGGAAUUGAAGCGUCUUCCGCCAGCAUGUCAGCCGCCAUCUUGUAACGCUGUGGAGGAGAAGAGCAGCAGAUAUGGCGGACUACAGCAGCGUGGCUCCCCCGUCCUCCGGCGGCGGAAUGAAUGAUGCUUUUAAAGACGCCCUUCAGAGAGCGCGACAGAUCGCAGCGAAAAUAGGCGGCGAUGGCGUUGCAGCACCAUCAACGGGCGAUUUCGGCUACGGAGGCCAGAAAAGGCCCCUGGAGGACGCUGGUGGGUAUUUUCCCAUGCCUAACCUGAAUAUCGACCAACCAGAGACGAAGAAAGUGGCAACCAAUGAUGCUUUUUCUGCCAUGGGAGGAAUUGGUGGCCCCUCGAGGUCAGCAUCAGAAGAAUACAAGGUUCCUGAUGGAAUGGUUGGAUUUAUUAUUGGAAGAGGCGGUGAACAAAUAUCACGUCUGCAGCAGGAGUCCGGGUGCAAAAUACAGAUUGCUCCUGACAGUGGAGGCAUGCCUGAUAGAUCAGUGACAUUGACAGGACCACCAGAAUCCAUCAUGACAGCAAAGAGGUUGCUCCAGGAGAUUGUUGAGAAGGGGCGACCAGCCCCAGCGUUCCAUCACAGCGAUGGCCCAGGCAUGACCGUUCAGGAGAUUAUGGUUCCUGCCUCAAAAGCUGGCUUGGUCAUUGGGAAGGGAGGCGAGACCAUCAAGAGCCUUCAGGAAAGGGCGGGAGUGAAGAUGGUCAUGAUCCAAGAUGGCCCCCAAAACACAGGCGCAGACAAACCUCUCCGUAUUUCAGGAGAGCCAUUUAAAGUUCAGCAAGCUAAAGAGAUGGUGAUGGAGCUAAUCAGAGAACAGGGCUUUAGAGAGCAGAGGGGCGAAUACGGCUCCAGGAUCGGAGGGGACAGCUUAGACGUUCCUGUUCCUCGGUUUGCGGUUGGAAUUGUCAUUGGCAGAAAUGGAGAGAUGAUCAAGAAAAUACAGAGUGACACGGGCGUCAGGAUCCAGUUUAAACCAGAUGAUGGCAGUGCACCAGACAGGAUAGCACAGAUCAUGGGUCCUCCUGACCAGGCUCAGCAUGCAGCAGAAAUCAUUACGGACCUGCUGAGGAGUGUCCAGGCUGGAGGUCCUCCUGGUCACGGUGGCGGAAGAGGCCGAGGACGUGGGCAGGGCAAUUGGAACAUGGGUCCGCCUGGUGGCCUGCAGGAGUUUACCUUCACUGUUCCAACCAUGAAGACUGGCCUCAUCAUUGGAAAAGGUGGUGAGACCAUUAAAUGCAUCAGCCAACAGUCAGGAGCCAGGAUUGAGCUGCAGAGGAACCCUCCACCAAACUCAGACCCCAAUGUUAAAAUGUUCACAGUCAGGGGCUCCCCCCAGCAGAUAGACUACGCCAGACAGCUGGUGGAGGAGAAAAUUGGGGGACCUGUUACUCCAAUGGGUGGCCCACAUGGUCCUCCUGGUCCACAUGGAGGUCCAGGCCCACAUGGUCCUCCUGGACCACCAGGACCUCCUGGAGCUCCGAUGGGUCCAUACAACCCUGGACCUUACAACCAAGGACCCCCAGGACCACAUGGUCCCCCAGCUCCAUACCAGCCUCAGGGGUGGGGCAAUGGCUACCCGCACUGGCAACAGGGACAGCCUGACCCAAGUUCAGACAAAGCAGCAGCUGAUGCAAAUGCUGCAGCGUGGGCAGCCUACUACGCCCAGUAUGGUCAACAACCUCAGGCUCCAAUGACCCCCACCAGUGGAGCACCAGGCACGACUCAGUCCAAUGGUCAAGGUGACCCACAGGCUGCAGGUCAGAGUGGACAGGCAGAUUACACCAAGGCCUGGGAGGAUUAUUACAAGAAAAUGGGUCAACAGAGUCAACAACCUCAGGACUACACUAAAGCUUGGGAGGAGUACUACAAGAAACAAGGUCAAGCUGCUCCUCAGCCGGCGGCACCAGCAGCUGCGGCCCCAGCCACCCAGGCCGGUGGCCAACCAGACUAUAGCGCCGCCUGGGCCGAGUACUACCGGCAGCAGGCGGCUUACUAUGGCACAGGCAAUCCUCAGACCAUGGGUGCAGCACCACAAGCCCCUCAGGUACGCCCCCUCCUUCGAGAUUAGAAUGUGCAUGGAAUGGUCCAUGAUUGCUUCCUAACCUCCUUGCCCCCGCAGGCUGUUACAGGGUUCCAGUGAGUGCAGCUGCAACGUGGCACUUUUUAACCCAAACUUUCCUUCCUAAACAGGACAUGAGCUGUUUAUUUUGGGAGUCCACUGUUUCCGCUGUUAACAUGCAAUGUAUCUUCUAUGUAUUUCUCCUGCACAGGGCCAGUAAUGUGAAGUGGACAUAAAGUAAAUGCUUCAUUGUCGAAACAAAUCCUUUUGUUAAAUGUUUGGAUGCUGACGCCUUGAUGAAGAUCUUAAAUUUCCUUGGUUUGAAAGUGUUUGACAUAGAUGGCAGAUUACCCGGCGAGCACGACCUCCACAUUUAUUUUCUUUUUCUCUCUUGUAAAUGCUUUGUUUUUAGUGCGGUAACUCUUCAUGUGGUCAUUCCAGCCAUGUAUCUACAUUCAAUGUGGUUAGAAGUCAUGUUCAUUCUUAAACUGUAGACAUUACCAUGUAAAUCAUCUCAGUUUUAAAAAUGCUAUUGCCUGUUGUGUUUUUGCAAUAAAACAAACUGAAACCUCCUGUGUGGGUAAGUGGGCAUCACCUUAGAGAAAUGGGGGUAUGUUUGUCUUUUUUUGAAGGUGGGGGGGGCGGCUUAGAAAUGUUAGCAGGGCCGUGUGUGGGUUUUCAAUGUGGUUGACACAAAGUGAUCCUGUCCUGUUUCUCUCCAACUGUCUAUAAGACACUCCAUGUGUUUUUUUGUUGAACCUUCCAUGCUUUGACUUGAAUCUGUAGCCAGACGUCAGAACAGGAAGUGAUCCAUAUUACACAAACUGCGGUGCGGUGGUACUCUUUGUUGACAUGGUGGCGCUAGUAUGUUUGUUUUGCCUUGAUAUAGACACUUCCUCCUCCACAGGCAAGUGUAGACGAGCGGUAAGCAAGUAUUUUUGUACUUUGUUGCUCAGAGGAUAAACGUGCUGCCUGUUUUAGUGUCCCUAUUUUUGUGUUUUUUUUCCUCUAGGACAGUCAGGUAAAUUUGCCGCUGUAUGACAUUGAUGCAUUGAAACUUUCUGACUGUAAACUAAUGUACGUUUUUUUUUAAACAUGUUUUAUGAUAAAAAAAAAAUGCAAAAAACAAA